UCCACGGACCGAGUGGCGGGCUGCGCGGCCAAGACAUCCACGGGCCCCCGGCGGCUCCCACGCUACGCAAAGUCUGCUGAAGCCUUCUUUCUGGUGGUGUGGAACCUCUGAGCUUCUCUAACCCCAAGCCUCCCACUUCCGGUAGCUGGCACCCUGUGCUCUGAGCCUCACCUAGACACAUCUGAGGGGACUGAACCAUCCCCAUCCGUCACAAUCAUGAAUUUCCUCCGGAGACGUCUGUCAGACAGCAGCUUCGUGGCCAACCUGCCCAAUGGCUACAUGGCGGACCUGCAGCGCCCAGAGAGCUCUACCAGCUCCCCUGCAUCCCCGGCCACUGAGCGGAGGCACCCCCAGCCCUUGGCUGCUUCCUUCUCUUCCCCAGGAUCUAGCCUGUUCAGCUCCUUCUCCAGUGCCAUGAAGCAAACCCCGCAGGCCCCGUCGGGGCUGAUGGAGGCCCCAGCUCCCACCACACCUGUGGUUCAGAGACCCAGGAUCUUGUUGGUGAUUGAUGACGCCCACACAGACUGGUCAAAAUAUUUCCAUGGGAAGAAGGUGAAUGGCGAGAUUGAGAUCCGAGUGGAGCAGGCUGAGUUCUCGGAGCUGAACCUGGCUGCCUAUGUAACUGGGGGCUGCAUGGUGGACAUGCAAGUUGUGAGAAAUGGGACCAAAGUUGUGAGAUCCUUCAGGCCGGACUUCAUCCUGGUCCGCCAGCAUGCCUACAGCAUGGCCCUAGCCGAGGACUACCGCAGCCUGGUCAUCGGCCUCCAGUAUGGAAGGCUGCCUGCUGUCAACUCUCUCUACUCCGUGUACAACUUCUGCAGCAAGCCCUGGGUGUUCUCUCAGCUCAUUAAGAUCUUCCACUCCCUGGGUCCUGAGAAGUUUCCUCUUGUGGAGCAAACGUUUUUCCCCAACCACAAGCCAAUGGUGAGUGCCCUUUUGUUCUUAUCUUCACAAUGCGGGAUGAGCUUCAGUGUCUAUGCAUCUCCCUGAGCCGCUCACACC